AUGACCGACUAUUCGAGGGAUCCCAGACCCUCCACAGACGAAGAGCACGCACCACUUCUACGAGGAGAGGAGAAUGGUGGACCCUCUCGACGACGUGAAUAUGAAGACCAGACACUGGUGGAACGCGUCAAUGCUGCAGUCCAAGAGCCGCUCACGCCUCUCACCAAGAUUCUUCUCAUCCUCUCCCUAGUGCUAUUGUUGUUGAGCUCGGUGUUUAUUGGGUUGUUUGCGGGAGCUCAACACAAGCUGAACACCGGACGAGGCAAGCCUGGCGAUCCUGGGCAUGAACCUAUUACGACAACGGAGACGAUGACUAGGACAUGGGUGACUACUACGACUGAACACCAUAAGGACCCCAUGACGACGACUGCCACUGUAACCACAACCGUAUCAGGCCCACCCGUACCAGGCCCAACCACACCACCCCACGAGAAACCUUGCAUGGAGCCUCGAUGCAUAGUAUUAGCCGCAUCGAUUCUAUCUUCUAUUGACGGUACGAAGGAUCCAUGUGACAGCUUCUAUGAUUAUGCCAAUACUGGCUGGCUCAAGGAGCAUCCCCUCCCUGGCGACAAGAGCAGCUUCUCAAACUUUGAAGACUUGGCACAGAAGAACCGGCAAUUAAUUCGGCAAAUCAUUGAAGCCAAACCUUCGUCUGUCGAAGACCCGCACGACCGAGAAUUGUUGACCAUGUUGCAUAACCACUACUCGUCGUGUUUGAACGAGGAUCGCCUCAAUAAAUUGGGGGAGAAACCCUUGCUUCAUGUCGUGAAGACCAUCAAGAAGCUUUACCGGGAAGAAGAUACAGACAUCAGGCCCAACCCCCCUUCAGACGAGGAUGACACCAAACCGGAAUUCAGGUUUAAUGGGCUGACAGCGGCCACUGCGUUCCUUCACUCUCGGGACAUUGCGGCUCUGUUCUCCUUUGAUAUUGAAGGGGAUGUUGCCGUUGACCCCAAUUACAUGGCCCUCUGGUUUAGCCAGCCGGACCUUGGGCUGCCUUCCAAAGAAUAUUAUAAUGAGGAGUCGAUCGUCAAGGUCUAUGGCGAAGUCAUUGAACAGUUGCUUUCGAGGGUUGACCAUAUUCUGGCCGACAGCGAUGAGGGUGAAGAAGAUAGUCCCGAAUUUUUUGCAUCUUUAUUAAUUAACAACGAUGCCUCCGAAAUCUGGCCUCCUUGGCCCUGGCCACCGUGGAACCCGGACGACGACCCCGAGGGAGAAGAUCCAAAGAAACCGCUCAACCGCUCUGAGCGCGUAAGAAGACUUGCGAAAGGGGUUGUCGAGUUUGAAUCCAAGCUGGCCAAUGCCAGUCUCGACCUUGAUAUCCUCUAUCAAGAUCCCAUUGCAACCUAUAAUCCUGUCCCACUUUCCAACCUCACCAAGACGCUCCACCAAUUCGAUUUCCCGACCUACUUCUCGACUUUCACGCCCAGAGCUUAUCCAGACAGGGUUAUUUUGACCUAUCCAAGCUACGCAAAGAGUCUUGCGGAUGUCUUGAAUUCGACUUCGUCUGAUGUGGUCGAGGCUUACUUGGUCUCCCGUGCCAUGCUGACGCUGUCUCCCUAUCUUGGUCCUGACACAGUGGCAUGGCAAGCCCAACGAGUCCUUUACGAAACCUUGACUGGUAUCCAGAAGGGCGUCGUUGGAGAUCGCGCAGAAUACUGCGUCGGCCGAGUGGAGGAGACCCUUGGCUUUGCAUCUGGGCGUUACUUUGUGCAGAAGACCUUCAGCGGGGACUCCAAGUCCAAGGCUACCAAGGUCAUUAAAGACAUUGUCCAGGCAUUCAAGCAUUCCCUCGAAGACCUUGAUUGGAUGGAUGACAAGUCCGCCAAAGCUGCUGCAGAGAAGGCGGAUGCUAUCCGUAUUAAUGUUGGCUAUCCGGUCUCCCCAGAUACGAUGAAUCCUCGUUCGCUCGCCAGGUAUUAUGGGACAGUCAAGAUAAGCAAGGACACGUUCUUUGAGAAUAUGAUGAGCGCUUCGUCAAGCGAGGUCUUCAAGAAGUGGUUGCAACUCGGAAAACAGAGGAAUCGUGAGAAGUGGGAGAUGUUCCCUUCGACGGUCAAUGCGUACUUCAAUCCACCCGCCAACGAGAUGAACUUCCCCGCUGGUAUCCUUCAACCACCUUUCUAUUCGCAAGAUUGGCCGGGCUACUUGUCUUACGGUGCUUUCGGUCAUGUUGCGGCCCAUGAAUUGACACACGCCUUCGAUUCCGCUGGCCGAAUGUACAACCAAGACGGGAAGUUGGAGCAAUGGUGGACGGAUAAGACAAGCAAGGGGUUCAACAAGAAACAGAAGUGUAUUGUUGACCAGUUUUCUAAAUACAAGAUUGAUGAUGGCGAGGGCGGGCACAUCCAUGUCAAUGGAAACUUGACGUCGGGAGAGAACAUUGGCGACACCGGUCUGAUACAAGCAUACCGUGCGUGGAAAGCUCAGUACGAGGAUGGCCUCGACAAUGGAACGGAGUACGCUCUUCCUGGUUUGUCGCACUUUACGAGGGAGCAGCUCUUCUUCCUCUCUUUUGCACGGAUUUGGGCCCGUAAUAUGAGGACCCGAGCGGCGGUUCAAAGGAUACGUACCGAUCCACACUCGCCCGCCAGGUUCCGGGUUGAUGGCACCUUGUCUAACAUUCCAGAGUUUGCCAAGGCCUUCAAUUGCCCGAAGGGAUCCAAGUUGAACCCUCCACCUGAGAAGCGCUGUAUCUUCUGGGGCUAG